ACAUAGAAGCUCGCGCCGUCGUCUCCUUAGCCCGCAAGAAAUCGAGGGCAAUUACGUCAUUCGACCACCGCCUCCUCAAAACUAUAAAGCCUCGCUCCCACUCCCAACAACAACCACAACAGCAGCAGCAAUUUUGAGUUUUCAGAUUUCACACCAACAGGGUCGUGAGUUGCGAAUUGCAGUAUUAACUACUUUUCCUUAGCGAUGAAGAGAGAGAGACAAGAUGGAGCGAGAGAGUCCCUUGACAUGGCGAACUGCCUCAUGCUCCUAUCGCGGGUCGGGCAAUCGCAGUCGGCGUCGCAGCUGUCCGGGCGCGUGUUCGAGUGCAAGACCUGCAACCGCCAGUUCUCGUCAUUUCAGGCGCUGGGCGGCCACCGGGCCAGCCACAAGAAGCCCCGAAUCUUCGCCGACGACCUUGGCCACCCGCCGAGCUCGCCCGGGAAGCCCAAGACGCACGAGUGCUCCAUCUGCGGCCUGGAGUUCGCGAUCGGGCAGGCGCUCGGGGGCCACAUGCGGCGGCACCGCGCCACCACGGUCGGAGAAGGGUUGGGGUCGCCGCAGCAGAUGGCGCCGGCCGUCAUGAAGAAAUCGAGCAGCAAGAGGGUGCUGUGUUUGGACUUGAACUUGACGCCGUUGGAGAACGAUUUGAAGUUCAGGAGCGGGAGGAGCGCUGCUGCGUAUGCUCCUCCGGCGAUUCACUGUUACCUGUAGUGAGAUUCUUGAACCUCGCCGGUCGGCCGGGCGGCUGAUUUGUUCAUUUGUUUGUUAAUUAUUAUUACAGGUAGAUCAUGCAUAGAUGCAGGAUUGUAGCAGUUGAUACUCAGAUUUUUGUGAUAUUGUAUAAAUUAAUACGAAUGGAAUUAUAUACAGUAUUUUGUUAA